CACAUUGUUUAGAAAUGGCUGCCAGUGAACGGGUUUCUAGCCCGACAGAUACGGCCGGGUCUUUAGUUGAUGAACUUUACACAUUUCGAGAUCAUUAUAUUGAAAACUUUGGACUUGAUAAAGCUGGCUCAAAAGAAGAAGAUGUUCGUAAAAAAAUGGAAGAAUGUCUUCAAACAAUAGAAAAAUUGCAAGGUGAUAUUAAAAACAAAGCACAGUUCUACUUGUUAAAAGGUAGAAUUUUAAAUGUUACUUCAAAAUUCAGCCAAGAAGCUGAGGAUGCUUUAAGUAAAGCUGUGAAACUGGAUCCAAAAUUAGUAGAAGCUUGGAACCAUCUGGGUGAAUGCUAUUGGAAGAAGGAAGAUAUCUCUGCAGCAAAAAAUUGCUUUACUGGUGCUCUUAACCAUACAAAGAACAAGGUAUCUUUAAGAAACUUAUCAAUGGUGCUUAGACAGUUAAGUGGACCUCCUUUUGAAAAAAUAAAAUUGAUUGAAGAAAGUGUGGAUAGAGCUAAAGAAGCUGUUCAGCUUGACAUUACAGAUGGAACAUCUUGGUUGAUACUAGGAAAUGCUUACUUGUGUCAGUUUUUUAGUGCUGGUCAAAAUCCAAAAGUUUUUAAACAGUGUAUGCAAGCUUAUAGUCAAGCUGAAAAAGAUCCAGUCACCAGAGGAAAUCCAGAUUUACAUUUUAACAGAGCAGUGACUUAUAAAUAUCAAGAGGAUUACCAAAAUGCAUUAACUGGAUUUAGUACUGCUGCACAGUUGGACCCCAGCUGGGUUGAAGCAAGGACUAAAGAGACAGAAUUGCUUAACUUUCUUUGUGAUAUUCAAAGGAUGAUAGACCUUAAAGGUAAAAUGAGAGCAAAGAAAAUGGAUUCACUGGUUAAAAGUUUGGUUGACAGGGAGGUGGCUCAAUAUCAGUCAUGCCAGUAUAUAAAUACUAGUGGUAAAACAGUUGCUUUGACUUACUGCAAACUGUCGGAUCUUCAACCUAAGGUUAAUGAAGGGAAGAUUGUCCUGGGCAAAGUUGUGUGUUCAAUCAAUUCUAAUGACCCUGUGCCUUUCUCAUUUUGCAUGAUAGAUGAAGAACAAACAUGUAUUUGUGUAAUGGUAUAUAAUCUGGCUCAAGGUGCUGGCAUGAAAAUUGGUGAUUCUGUAGCAAUACCUGAACCACAGCUGAAGAAAAUUAAGUUAUCUCAUAAAGAAAAAGAAGUUUACUUUAACUGUCUUCAUGUGGAUACUCCGAGAUCCAUCGUAGUUAAUGGCAGAAAGCUUGGUAUCAACAAGGAAGCUUUGCCGGUUUUAUCAGUUAGUGCUGUAUCAGAAUAAGCCAGAGAGGAAUGAAUAGAAAUGUACAUAGCCCUCCAAUUCUGUUUUAAAUUUCUUGGCAUUGAAUAAAAUGUGAAGUUACGUUUAGUUUUCAGUUAGAAACUCAUAUUUUUAUACCAUGUGAAGGGUGUAGUUACCUUGUUCUGUAAUUAUGUAUUCUACAUUUUCCCCAGGGUCUUUUCUACAGUUAUAUUUUAAAGUUUUACCCUACUAUUCACUAUCUUCUCUGGAUGUUCUGUGGGCAUUACUGAGUAAAAGCUGCAAGUGAUACAUUUGUAUAGGUAAUAAAUGAGCCAUAUUUUGGGUUUAAAUUAUUUUCAUCUUAGGAAAUAGAUAUAAGACAGUUUACCUCUUCAAAGCAGGUAUAUAUAAAAUAUCUUAAAGUAUAACAUUUUGAACUCACUAAACCCUUGCUUAAUAAAAAAAAACUAUUAGCAACACUGUUAUUGUUUUAAUGUAAAUUUUCAUCUUGUCUUUCUAUUUCUUGAUAGUUUUCCACAUAUUUUGUGUCUCUGGUACCUGUAUCUAAACUAGGUGCCAUCAGCUUCUAUUUUUUACAUCCACUUACCCUCUAUAGUUCUAAAUUUAUUCUUUACAGUUAUUGGGCUAAAUAUACAUUUCAGUAUCAUAUAAAUUGUUUCAUGCUUAUCUGCAAGGUUAUAGUUUCAAUGGUAAUGGACUGAUUCAUGUGUAAACACUUGUUUUUAAAAGUGGUUUACUUUUUGACCCAACCACAUUUUAUGAAGAGUGAUAUGAAAUUUUUUACUUCAUAUAUGAAUGUCAAAACACAUUGAAUACUCAUAUGUAGAUUUUGUUAUUAGAUCUUACAGAAUGUAGUAAUUUUAAUGUUUAUAUAUUUCAUUUAAUGUGAAUUUUAUGCUUUGAUAUAUUAAAGUAGCUCUCAGUUUUGUAACAACGUAAAAAUAAAAAUAUUUUUAAAAAAAAUCACUUUGUUGAACAUCUACACACAAAAAACACAAGGAAAAAGUUGAACAUCUAAAGUUACCUUGUGUUGGGUCAUCAUAAUGAAGUUUGUAAAAGAAUGUAGUCAAACUAAAGUGCCAGCAUGUAUUAUAUAUUAAACAAUGUUAAAAUGCUCCAUCAAUGAGGUUUCAUAAAAUACAAAAUGGAAUUAACAAACAUGUUCUUUUUUUCU